AUGCUUCUUAUGACUUUGUGGAGGAUUUGGCACAUCCGUAAUGAAGUGUUACACCAUAAACCUGCGCCCCCAAUGGAAGCGUCCAGGAGGUAUUUGGUGAGUUACCUUGAUUCCUUGGUUGGUCUUAAAAUUGAUCUAUCUUCGGAUCCGAGCAAAGGGAAGUCCUUAGUUACAUACGACAGGCCACUUAAAAAUCCACAUGUUCGAAUAGUUGAGAGCACUCCUGUCAAAUGGUGUCCCCCUAUGGCGGGUUGGGUGAAACUGAAUACUGAUGGGUCCUUUGCAGUAAAUGGUACGGCUGGUGCGGGGAUGGUGCUGCGAGAUGACAAAGGCCUGUCUUUUGCAAUUCAGAGAAGCGACUUGCCGAUCAUUAUUGAGAUGGACUCCAUUAUUGCAGUCAAGCUGAUUCAAGCGAUGGAUAUUGAUAGAUCGAUCUACUCUUCUUUAGUUAAAGAAAUUAGACACCUGAUGUCUCUUCGUGAUUCUGGUAUUACUCAUAUAAAUCAUACGCAAAAUAAGGUUAGCGAUAGCUUAGCAAAGUUUUCUAGACAAGAGGGCAGAACAAUGACCUGGGUUGGGUCAGGCCCAUCAGUUUCUUUAGAGCUAGCCGAGGCUGAUUGUAUGGACAUUGAGAUUUGA